AUGGCCGACGCCAAACCAGCCGUUCUGAUUGUCGGUGGUCUCGGCUUCAUCGGUCGACACCUCGCCCUAUACAUCCAUGAAAACAACCUAGCUUCGGAAGUCCGCCUGGUAGACAAAGUCCUCCCCCAACUAGCCUGGCUAGCCCCAGAGUUCGCAGAAGCAUGCUCAAAGGAUAAAUUCGUCCAAGCCGAUGCCAGUCGUGAACAACACUUCCCGCGCAUCUUCGACCGAACCAAUGGCCAACAAUUCGACUACGUGAUCAACUGCGGCGGCGAAACAAGACACUCCCAACCAGACGACGUCUACGAAGUGCGCAGUUGCCGCUUAACAAUCGCUCUAGGUAAAGAAAUCGCCCGUCGCCGCAUUCCCGCCUUCAUCGAAUGCUCCACCGCCCACGUCUACAAGAGCGGCUCCACCCCCCGAAAGGAGGACGACAAGCUCGCCCCCUGGCACAAACUCGCAGACUGGAAAUUGAAGGCUUCAGAGGAAUUGCGCAAAAUCCCGGAUCUGCAGUACUGCGCCCUGCGCUUGCCCCACGUCUACGGCGAGUAUGACCCGGGCUACUUCGCUACGGGCAUCUGUCUCUCGGCCGUCCAUAAAGAACUCAAACAGGAUUUGGUCCUGCUGCACACCAAGGACUUGAAGAUCAAUACCCUGCACGUUAAGGACGCAGCAAGUGCAUUGUUCGAGGCUGCCAAGUGGCGCGCGAAGGCCGGGUUCAUUGAUAUGAGCAAAGGGCCGAUUGCGUUCAAUGUUGUCGAUAAAAAUGAUACAAAACAGGAACAUGUGGCUAAGGCUUUGACGGAAGUUUUCGGCCUCAAGGUCUCGUUCAUUGGGUCGCUUGCGUCCCAGCUUGCGAAGUUGAACUUGGACGAUGUUGUCGAUGAGAUGAACGAGGUUAGCUUGCAGAUUUGGGCGGAGCUGAUCGAGAAGGCGAAUAUCACGCGCCCGGGCCCGAUUAGUCCGUUCCUGGAACGGGAUGUGCUCAAAGAUCAGGAUAUGUCGAUUGAUGGGUCCAAGUUUGAGAAUGCAACUGGUUGGACGCCGGCAUAUCCCACAUUUGGCGCGCACAGCAUUCUCGAGAUCGUCAAUAGCUACAAGCGCAUGGGCUGGUGGCCCUUAUGA